ACCAUUGGAAGACUUAUAAGGUGACUCUUGUUGACGGUAACUCUCUAUCUGUGAGAUUAGUUUAUUCUAGAAAGGGAAGAAACGAACUAAAGAUGGAUAGAUGGGUUGGAAAAAUAGCUGCAGUUACUGGUGCAAGUGCAGGAAUUGGUGCAGCCAUUGCUCGACAAUUGGUUAAUAAUGGUAUGACGGUGGUUGGAUUAGCCAGAAGAACUGACAAAAUUGAAGAACUAGCUAAUAGUUUGGAAGGAGCACCAGGAAAACUUCAUGCAAUUGAAUGUGAUGUAACUAAAGAAGAAAGUACAACACUUGCAUUUUCUUGGAUCGAAGAAAAUUUAGGAUCCCUUGAUGUGAUGAUCAAUAAUGCUGGUAUCGCUAAAGAAUCUUCAUUAACAGAUGGGUCAUUGGAAGAUUGGAGAGCUGUUAUUGACGUGAACGUCUUAGGAGUUUGUUUGACUAUGCGAGAAGCUGUUAGAUUGAUGCGUAAAAAAGAUGAGGAAGGUUUGAUUAUUAACAUUGGUAGUUUGGCUGGAGAAAGGGUUCCUGCUGUUCCUGGUUUUGGUAUUUAUCCAUCUUCUAAACGUGCAUUAACUGCAUUGUCUCAAACUCUUCGCAAUGAACUAACUGGUUCGAAAAUUCGGGUCACGAAUAUUAGUCCUGGUUUGGUAGCAACCGAAUUAUUGGCAUCUUAUCACGCAUUUUCCGAAGAAGUUUUAGCUGCAAUGCCAGCUUUGAAAAGUGAAGAUAUAGCUAAUGCUGUUUCCUACGUUUUAUCUACUCCAUCUAAUGUCGUGAUUCAAGACAUCGUUUUACGACCAUUGGGUGAAACUUGGUGAUUUUCUUUUCAUUAAAUUCGUUCGAUAGUUCGAUAGAAUGCUGAAGUAAUGCGUAACUUCAAUAUAUUCAAAGUAUAUUAUAAA